CGUUGCGUCCAUCGGAAUUCCUCGCAUCCAUGGCGCAACCAGCGAUCGACAACUACUUGGAGCGCAUUCUCAUGGCCCGCGUGUACGACGUUGCCGUGGAGACCUCCCUGGACGUCAUGCCAGCGCUGUCUGCGCGGACAGGCAACACCGUGCUGCUCAAGCGCGAGGACACCCAACCAGUGUUUAGUUUCAAGCUGCGCGGCGCGUACAACUGCAUGGUGCAGCUGACGCCUGAGCAGCGCGCCAAGGGCGUGGUCGCAGCUUCCGCAGGAAACCAUGCUCAGGGCGUGGCUCUCGCGGCCAAGAAGCUCGGGUGCGUCGCGACAAUCGUGAUGCCAGCGACGACACCGCAGAUCAAAAUCAGUGCUGUCGAGCGCAACGGUGGCGUCGUCAUUUUGCACGGCGACUCAUACUCGGACGCGUACGAGCACUCGAUGUCGGUGGUCGCAGCCACGGGCGGCACGUUUGUCCAUCCAUAUGACGACCCGAACGUGAUCGCGGGUCAAGGCACGAUUGGCAUGGAGUUGCUCCGUCAAUGUCACGACCUGAACGUGAUCUUCGUGCCGGUGGGCGGCGGCGGGUUGGCGGCAGGCGUCGCGGCGUACGUCAAGCGCCUUCGACCGCACGUCAAGAUCAUCGGCGUCGAGCCUGUGGACGCGGCAACGAUGCAUGAUUCAAUCGCGGCGGGGCACCGCGUCGUGCUUCCUACGGUGGGGCUGUUCGCGGACGGGGUCGCCGUCAAGCAAGUGGGCCAAGAAACGUUCCGCCUCUGUCGCGACCUGCUGGACGAAGUAAUCCUCGUGGACACGGACGCCAUGUGCGCCGCCAUCAAGGACGUGUUUGAGGCCACGCGGAGCAUCCUCGAGGCGGCGGGCGCGCUGUCGCUGGCCGGACUCAAGGCUUGGAGCGCGCGUGAAGGCGUCACGGGCAAGCGGCUAGUGGCGAUUGCUAGCGGCGCCAACAUGAACUUUGACCGGCUGCGACACAUCUCGGAGCGCGCCGAGCUGGGCGAAGCGCGCGAAGCUAUUUUGGCCGUGCGGAUCCCCGAAGUGCCGGGGAGUUUGAAGCGCUUCUGCCAAGACUUUCUCGAGCACCGAGCGAUCACAGAGUUCAAUUACCGGUUCAGCGAUGCCUAUCACGCGCAUAUAUUUGUGGGGCUGCAGGUUCAGAGUCGGGGGGACGUCCAUGGGCUGGUUACGCGACUGAAUUUGGCUGGGUUUGCCACCACCGACUUGACCGACAACGAACUCGCCAAAGGGCACAUUCGACACAUGGUGGGGGGCCACGCCCCCCCCUCUACCACGACGCUCAACGAAAAGCUGUACCGGUUCGUGUUUCCCGAACGACCUGGCGCGUUGCUCUUCUUUCUUGAGUGCAUGGGCACCAAGAACUGGAACAUCAGCGUGUUUCAUUAUCGAAAUCACGGCGCCGACUAUGGCCGCGUCCUCGUGGGCAUGCAAGUGCCCCCUGAAGACGACCACGCGUUCCAAGCGUUCUUGGACGGAGUGGGCUACGACUGGUUUGACGAACGACACAACCCCGUGUACAAGUUGUUUUUGGCGUAAUCUGAGUGUCAUAUUGUGAAUUCGCGGUAAACUUCCAAACUUCGCGCAGUUUGGCAUAUCAAUAUUGAAUCACGCUGGAGCAGCUCUGAUUGGUUGAAUACACUAUAAGAGCCAAUCAAAUCCACUCAAAAUUCGAUUAGCCAAUAGCGUCGAUGAUUCGUGAUUCGGCGGCGGCCAGAUAUUCCAUUCGACGGGGGUCUGGAAAUUCGUAC